ACUGUCAGCAUCAAUAAGGCCAUUAACACGCAGGAAGUGGCUGUCAAGGAGAAACACGCCAGAAAUAUCCUUCCCCAAGUUGGCCGUCGGACAAGCAAGCGUGGGAGCGGGAGCAGGGCUGCCCGGAAAGGGUGCAGUGGCGAGAUGGCGCAUGGGGAGAGGGCAGAGGAGCAUUUCCUUGACCGGCCACCACCAUGCAUCCUGGGCACGCACCACGAGAAGGGGGCGCAGACCUUCUGGUCGGUGGUGAACCGGCUGCCGCUGUCGGGCAAAGCUGUGCUGUGCUGGAAGUUCUGCCACGUCUUCCACAAACUGCUCCGGGACGGCCACUCCAACGUCCUGAAAGACUCCGUGAGAUACAAGAACGAGCUGAGUGACAUGAGCAGGAUGUGGGGCCACCUGAGCGAGGGCUACGGGCAGCUCUGCAGCAUCUACCUCAAACUGCUGAGAACCAAGAUGGAGUUCCACACCAAGAAUCCCCGUUUCCCCGGCAAUCUCCAGAUGUCCGACCGGCAGCUUGACGAGGCAGGGGAGAACGACGUCAAUAAUUUUUUCCAGCUGACGGUGGAGAUGUUUGACUACCUGGAGUGCGAGCUGAACCUCUUCCAGACAGUGUUCAGCUCCCUGGACAUGUCGCGCUCAGUGUCGGUGACGGCAGCGGGGCAGUGCCGCCUGGCGCCACUUAUCCAGGUGAUCCUGGACUGCAGCCAUCUCUACGACUACACCGUCAAGCUGCUCUUCAAGCUCCACUCCUGUCUGCCAGCGGACACACUGCAGGGCCACCGGGAUCGCUUCCUGGAGCAGUUCAGAAAGCUGAAGGAUCUCUUCUACCGCUCCAGCAACCUGCAGUACUUCAAGCGGUUGAUCCAGAUCCCACAGCUGCCAGAGAACCCUCCCAAUUUCCUGCGCGCCUCGGCACUGUCGGAGCACAUCAGCCCCGUGGUGGUCAUCCCUGCUGAGGCGUCCUCACCCGACAGUGAGCCCAUCACGGACCUGGUGGAGAUGGACACGGCUUCACAGAGCCUGUUUGACAAUAAGUUCGACGACAUCUUCGGCAGCUCCUUCAGCAGUGACCCCUUCAACUUCAACAGCCAGAAUGGGAUGAACAAGGAUGACAAGGACCGGUUAAUUGAGCAGCUUUAUGGGGAGAUCGCAGCCCUGAAGGAAGAGCUGGAGAACUUCAAGGCCGAG